GAAAGAUUGCCCACUACUUCUUUGGUAAAAGAUUCAGAUAUUUGUGGUAGAAAUGAUGACAAGGAUGAAAUAAUUAAUAAGUUAUUUCAUGAUGAUGCUAGUGACAAUGAGAUAGGUGUGAUUGUCAUAGUAGGCAUGGGGGGAAUGGGCAAGACCACCCUUGCUCAGCUUGUAUACAAUGACAAAACGGUCCAAAAGCAUUUUCACCCUGUAGCAUGGGUUUGUGUUUCAGAAGACUUUGAUAUGUUUAAAGUAACGAAAACAAUUCUGGAAGCAGUAACUUCUUCGACCAGUGAUAUUAAAGAUCUAAAUCGGCUUCAACUUCAACUAAAGGAGAAAUUGAUGGGAAAGAAAUUCCUAAUCAUUUUGGAUGAUGUUUGGAAUACGAAGUACACUGAUUGGGAGAUAUUAAGCAACCCCUUUAAAUCUGGGGCACAAGGAAGUAGGAUCAUCGUAACAACGCGAGAUGUUGAUGUUGCAUCAGCCAUGUGUGCUUUUGAAAUUCAUCAUCUAAAGGAAUUACAAGACGAGGAUUGUUGGAAACUAUUUGCAAGACAUGCAUUUCUGCAUGAUGCUAACUCCUAUAUGCAUUUAGAGUUUGAAGAUUUAGGUCGACAAAUUGUACAAAAAUGUAAAGGUCUACCUUUAGCAAUAAAAACAAUUGGGGCGCUCUUGCGAUCCAAAGUUGAUGUUAGUGAAUGGUGUAAGGUUUUGAAUAGUGAGAUAUGGAGUUUGUCAAAUCAAGAAAUACAAAUUCUUCCUGCUCUAAGAUUAAGCUAUAAACACCUUCCCUCAUAUAUAAAACGGUGUUUUGCUUACUGUUCAAUAUUUCCAAAAGACUAUCCCUUCAAAAAAGAUCAAUUAGUUUUAUUAUGGAUGGCAGAAGGUCUUCUCCACGAGACUGAAAACCAAACAAUGGAAGAAAUUGGUGAUGAUUGUUUUGACACUCUUGUAUCAAGAUCAUUAUUUCAAAAGUCGAGUGAAGAUGAAUUUAGCUUUCAGAUGCAUGAUCUCAUCAAUGACUUGGCAAAAUUUGUAUCUGGUGAAUUUACAUUUAGGUUGGAGGUUGAUAGUUCUCCCCGAAUCGUUAACAAGACUCGUCAUGUGUCAUAUGUUCCAACUCCAUAUGAGAACAUCCAGCAGUUCAAGGCUCCUCAAGAAGCUAUGCAAUUGCGUACGUUUUUGGCAUUAGAAUCGUCACCAAGUUACACAAUUCAAAGUUUUUUUCGUGAUGUGUUGCCAAAGUUAGGUCGUUUACGGGUGCUCUCCCUAUCUCACUACUGGAGGCUGUACGAGUUGCCAGAAUCAAUUGGAAAAAUUACACAGUUACGUUAUUUGGACAUUUCUAAUUCGGGAAUUAAAAGGUUGCCUGAAUCUUUAUGUAAGUUGUACAAUUUGCAGACAUUGAAGUUAUCUCAUUCUCCAGAUCUUGAAACAUUGCCAAGAGACAUGCAAAAACUCGUUAAUUUACGCCAUCUUGAUUUGACUGGAACUGCCAUAAUGGAGAUGCCGAUACAUAUGGGCAAACUAAAAUGUCUCCAGACAUUAACCAAGUUUGUCGUUAGCAAACGCACUGGGUGUAGCAUUAGAGAAUUGGGAAAGCUUGCAAAUCUUCGAGGAGCACUUUCUAUCUCGGAUCUUGAAAAUGUUGAAUCCUUCACCGAUGCAGAAGGUGCAUACUUGAGGAAUAAAAUGGACCUUAAAGAGUUAGCGUUAAACUGGAAAGAAGGUUUAAAUACUGAGAUUUCAGAAAGUCAAAGAGAUGUACUCAACGGUCUGCAACCACAUAGAAACUUGAAAAGUCUCACAAUAAAUUACUACAUGGGUGGAUGUUUUCCAAAUUGGGUAGGGGAUCAUUCCUUCCCUUAUGUAACGUCUAUUCAUUUGGAAAACUGUAAAUAUUGUUGCAGCUUACCAGCACUUGGGCAGCUACCCUCUUUACAAAACCUCUCUAUUGUUGGUUUUGAUGUAAUUGUUGCAGUGGGUGAAGAGUUUUACGGAAGUACUGGUUCUUCUUCUAUUAAGCCGUUUGGGGCAUUGAAAGUUUUGAAAUUUGAGCAGAUGUUGAAUUGGGAGAAAUGGAUUUCUUUUGGUGCCGAAAAUGAAGGAGGAGCUUUCCAUAGUCUCGAGGAGCUUUAUAUUCGGAAAUGCUCAAAGCUAACGGGAGAUUUGCCCAUUCACCUUCCUUCUUUGGGUAUCCUUCAGAUUAUAGACUGUCCGAAGAUGCUGGCUUCACUCCCAAGGGCUCCAGCUAUAUGUCAAUUGAAGCUGAUAAAUUAUGCAGUGGAUAUGGGUGGUCUACCCUCUACGUUAAAAACUCUUGAAAUAAACAAUUGCAAGAAGUUAGGGCUCCCAACGAACUUGUACUAUUCAUGCCUUGAAGUUGUGUACUUGAUCAAUUGUGGUUCUCUUCGGUCCAUUCCAAUGGAUAUAUUCCUAAAUGUUAAGGAUCUGAGAAUCCGAAGUUGUACGGAUCUAGAAUCUCUUACAGUUGCAGAACAAGUACAUCAACAUGAUUUAGUGGCCUUGUCAUCUCUACGUAUCUCAGAGUGUCCUAAUUUUGUGUCAUUUCCGAGAGGAGGAUUGCACGCCACCAACCUUGGAAUCUUAGAGAUCAGUUAUUGUGAGAGUUUGAGAUCGCUACCUGAAAAGAUGCACAUGCUCCUUCCAUCUCUUACUGAAUUUUCUAUAGAAGGGUGUAAAAAUAUUGAGACGUUUCCAGAAGGGGGCUUGCCUUCCAGUCUGAAUGAGAUUAAUAUUUGGAAUUGUGAGAAACUCGUUGAGAGUCGGAUGGGGUGGAGUUUGCAAAAUCAUGCCUCUCUUAGAAAUUUGAUGAUUAGAGGCGGACCGGAAGACACUACAAGAAACAGAGCCUUUCCCGGCGCCUAA